CAAAAUUACCAUACACCCCACUACAAAAAGUAAAUAGAACCUCCAUUUUUCUCUCUCUCUAUUUAUUUGCUGCAAUUACAAGCAUUCACCUGAAAAACUAUCCACUUUUUUUUUUCUUGAUUUUUUUUUGAAAGGGUUUUUGAUUUCCCUUUUGCUUUUUUUGAAUUGGGUUUCUGUUGGUUUUCUUUUUUUAAUUAAGAAUUGUGGGAUUUGGUGAACUAUCGAUUCUGCUUUUCUUUAUUUUAUUUACUUUUAUAAUUUUCGUUUUUUGAGAUUAUGGAGCGAGAUUUCAUGGGUUUGAUCUGUAAGGAUUCUGUUGUUGCUGUUAAGGAAGAAUUUGUCGACGGAGAUUGCCAAGAUUCUGCCGGAUUCGCAAGAAACUCGAGCGCUCCGUGGCAGUUUCCGAACAAGGUGCCUUCUCAAUUAGAUGAACCUUCAAAGAAUGGGCAUUCACCACAACCGAUUCACGACUUCAAGAACAUGCAUACAUCAUCAAUGAUGUCAUCUCCUUUCUUCAAGACUCGUUUUAUGGGUGCGCAGCAAUUUCUUGGUGCAAAUACUCCUACACCACCUCGUUCGAUUCUUCCUCCAUCCGGAACAACUGAACAGUGGACUAAUUCUAAAGCUUCGACUAUUCCUCCUCCCAAACUGACAAUCUUCUACAACGGAACUGUAAAUGUGUUCGAUGACAUCACCCCGGAGAAGGCUCAGGCGAUUAUGUUUUUGGCCGGAAACGGCUUUAUGUCAACUAACAUGGGGCAAUCGAAGCAUCACAUGCAAGCACCCGUCGCCAAACUUCCAGCUGGCGAUCGGCCGUCGGUCAGCCAAUCGAUGAAUAUGCCACCUAGCCCUAUGUCUAUCUCUUCUCACCCCGUUGAUGUUAACAAUGACGAGGCUAAGGUAACCGCUGCCACGUCAGCAACUCUCGUCAACAAAGUCGAGACGCCUAGAGUGAUGUCAUCACUAGGAUCUGUUUCUGCAUCCGCUAUGAUAUCUUCAGCUGUUCCACAGGCACGCAAAGCAUCACUUGCUCGAUUUUUGGAGAAGCGUAAGGAGAGGGCGAUGAGUGCAGCACCUUAUAAUGUGAGCAAGAAAGCAGGUGAUUGUGCCACUCCAGAGUCGAACGGCUUCGGCUUCUCGGCUACUUCUGGAAAUUGCGCUCUCUAGUAGUAUGAUUUUAUUAAUUUUUACAUCUGAAAUUUUCAAUAUAAUAGGAACUAAAUAGAGUUGUGUACUAAAUAAAAUUAAUUCUAAGCCUUUUUAAGUUAUUUUGAACAAUUCACUUACUAAUAGCUUGUAUUUUCUGAAAUUCUUGAUCUAUUAAUUAUAUUUCAAUAUAUUUAUUAA